UACAACAUCCGUGUGCGGGAAAACCACAGGGGGAGGAGGAGGCGGGAGAAGAAUUUCUCGCGCGAAGGACAGGAGAGUCCUCGCGAUCGUCGCGUGGUUCGACGACGAGGACGAGGAAGGCGUCGAGCCGGAGAGAAGCCGAGAGGGCUCGCUCUCUCGAAACGAGGAGAAAGAGGCGGAGAGCAGACCGCGGUAGUGAAGGACGUGUUUGAAAGACGAUCCGGAUGUGGCGAGAUCCAUUCGCUUUCCGUUCUCCUGUUCGCUCGUCGAUCAUCACCGAGCGCCGACGUCGGACCGUCCGACGCUAAACUCGCGGAGGUGUCAUCGUCAACGACGUCGUCUCCGAUCAGCUGCGGGAUUUGACAAUCCACCUCAUAGACACUGGGAGCCACGGGGAAACCGCGAGAACCACACAGCGCCACGUUCGGGGACACGCGGCCGAGUGGAAUUAAAAGUGCGUUUAAAAAGGUUAGCGGGAUAAAAAAGGCGCGCGCGCGCGCGCACUCGAAAGGAUAAGAGAAAGGAAUAGGAGCCACCUCUGAGUCCUUGAGAGUACUCAACGGGUAAAAGUGCCGCGCGCAGAGCCAGCCGGUUGACCCUGGGCAGUCAACGGAGCAGAUCCCGCUGGAAAAAAGUUCUCCACGUCGUCGUCGUCGUCGUCGUCGCCGUCGUCAACAUCGUCAACAGCGUCACUCUUCAAAGUUAUCGUCGUUGUCACGUCGCGAAACUCACGAGACGACGUCCGGUUCGAGUCGUCUCUUUCUCUGCCGCGCUCGGUCCACGCUUGAAGUUUUAGGCGAUCUAAAUCGCCUAAAUCGCCGAGGACGCGCGUCGUGCCUAGUGCGUCGUGGGUGCGUGCGUGCGUGCGUGCGUGCGUGCGUGCGUGCGUGCGUGAGGCGGAACCACGUGUGUGACGUCGCGCGGGACGCGCGAUCGGAAGCGCGGCGGGACCAGGACGCGAUUGUGAGCAGGAUCGGGAAAAACAGCUGACCGCGAACAACGACGUCCUCGACGGAGAGAGUCAACCAAGUCCUCCUCUCCCGGCGACCUUGCCUGACUGGCCCCCGCGAGAGAGAUUUGCGUUCAGUUCCGCCGUGCGAGACCAGGUGCAACUGCGCGAAGAACCGCGUCCACCGUUGUGAAGUGGUACGAAGUGCCGGCGCCGGUAUAACAACGUCGACGGUACGAGUUCCGCGAGCGGUCACGUUCGUUUCCCCCGUUCGACGUUGCUGCUACUGAUCUGUUUUUCUCGUGCCAGUGGUGAUCCAUGCCGCGGAAUAUCAAUGUACGUCACGUGCCCGCGUCCACGUCUUCGUCGCCGUUGUCACGGGAUCUUGGGUCGUCGUCGUCGGCUCGCGCAGGGGAUGCCACCUCGUGACUCCACGAGAGAAUCCUGAGGGAUAUAUUUAUCGUGCCGCAUCUCGCACACCCUGGACACCGCCGAUCACGUCGGACAGCGCGGGCAGCGUUAGAAAAAGCGCAAGACGAUGUAUACUGACGGUCUCUUGACACUCCACUAUGGAAAACAUCCAGCGACCUUGGCCGCAGAGGUCGGGGCCUGGUACAGUGGUGAUCGUCAUGUGGAUGUGACCUUAGCAUGCGACGAUGGGUCCGUAGUGAAGGCCCAUCGCGUCGUUUUGGCAGCAGCCAGCCCUCUCUUAGCUAGUCUACUUCGGAAUCCUGCUCUGGACCACGUGGUUCACUUAUCCGGCGUCCGAAAGACUCAGUUGAAUCACUUGUUGGAGUUUCUAUACAACGGGGAAGCAUUGAUACCGUCGACGGAGCUCAUACCGUUGAAGGAACUCUUCGAGCUACUUCAAAUCAAAUCCGAGUUGUCAGAGUCGAAUCAAGCUCAAACCUCUAACAACUCUGAUCCUGAAAGAACGUUGACUCCUCAGCCCUCAGAAGGCCAGGAGAGUUCCAGUUACGAAUCACAAUAUGACAGCAGACAGUCGAAUAAUCCUGCGGACUGUUGCUCGGUUCUCAUCAAGACAGAAGACUGUGAAGAAGAGACGGACGUAGAUGUAGAAGGCAUGGGCAACGACACUACUGACAACAGGGAAAGUAACAUAGAGCCUCCUAGAAGAAGGGAUAGCUCUGAUCCUGUCAAUCUGAGUCUCAAUUCCGGUGCUUCCACCACGAAUGAGAGCUCGCACGAUAUAGUACACAGGUCUGAAAAACAGUUAUUUGAAAGGCGGGAAUCUCUCGAGGAGGUUGAAGAAAGGAGAAGACAGCUAGCGGCGCGACUCGCGUUAGGUUUAGAACCUGGGAAACCACAAGCUGAAGAACUACCACUCCCACCUGCGGAGGCGUACGUUGUGACGCCUCAUCGGAAGCGGAGGCCAGGUUUUCACAAUGCUCCCGCACAAAACCCGGCAUUCGUGCCCUUCAAUCCCGGUUUCGAGACACCCAGGAGAUUGCAAGCGCCACAUCCUUUGAGUGUUUCGGCACCACCGUAUCUGGAUAGGUCAGUGACGCCACCAGGAGCGUCACAUCGACCGCCGAGUGCCGACCCGGCGUCAGCGGCGGCUCUUGAGCCACCUUGGGGUGCUUGGAAUAUACCACCUACGAGAGCUCCGCCGCCACCGCCAACGGAAGACCCGCCGAAGUCCACGCCCGUUCGAGACUAUCGGUGCACCUAUUGCGGAAAGCAGUUUGGCAUGUCGUGGAAUCUGAAGACUCAUCUGAGAGUGCACACGGGCGAGAAACCAUUCGCGUGUAGAAUUUGUAUCGCUACGUUCAAGCAGAAAGCUCACUUGCUAAAGCAUCUCUGUUCAGUUCAUAGAAGUCGGAUAGCUGCACCCGACAAUACCUUCACAUGUUGCUUCUGCUCGCUGAGUUUCGACAGCCUGCAGGAGCUUAUUAGGCACUUGUCAGGGCCGCAUAAUAAUAUGCUGCUUAGCAAGAAUCUACAUAUACGUGACUAGCGACAAGAUCAAAGGCUACCCGGUGUUGAGGAGUACUCCACGAGUGCGAUAUGACGAGUCUUAAGGAACUUUUUCGUAUUUCUUGAAAGUCGUUGGAAAGGAAUCGCGCUCGGGAUAUUCAAUUUCUAUUCAGAUCACUGUGAAGAAGUCUCUUAUGUAGUCAGAAAUCACCACACUUUUCAACGAUAAGUUUUGCAUAUGAGUCUGUAUUUUAUAAAAAAUUUUAUUUUUUAAUCAAAUUUUUUCCUCAACAAAUGUCUUGUUAAAUGAUAUUUUUAGAAGAUAUUAUGUUUAAUUAAACUAUACAAAAUUCAGUUGGACAUUAUUAGAUGUCGUAUACAUUUUGAUUGCGAAAAUACUUUAUAAAAUACAGCACUUUUCAAAAUUGUAUUAGGAGAAUACCUUUCGAAGAAGUGAGAUUUUUAAACAAUAUUUUUUUUUACAUCAAUCUUCACGUAUAUAAUAAUGAAUAUUUGCCUUUACAGUGUACAGAAUAGUACAGUUCUAAGCAAGGAGCAACAAUUCUUGACUUGUGUGUAUAUAUUUCAAAAGUAUAUACAUCGAAUUCGAAUGCAAUCAAGACGAAGUUAUUACAAUUUGUUUCGUUUUAUUGAGCGAAUGCAAUUGCGAACUGUACACAAAAGUUACAAAAAAACACACACCAGACAGGAUGUUGUCGUAGUCUUAUGAAGAUAUAUACGUUCUUUCAGUCCAGAUCUUUUUUUAUCUACGUGCACGUAAUUCUUUAAUGAAAAGACAUGGUCCAAGAAUGCGUCGAUCUGGAAUCUCAUUACAUUUUUUCAAAGACAAACGGCACGCAACAUCGGAAAUAUGCCUUUGUUAAAAAUAUGACAAAAUUCAAAAGAAUCGACUUUACAGCAUGCACACACACACAUAUACACAUAUAUGUAUGUACAUAUGUACCUAGAAAAAAAUUUAAUUCAAUCAACCAAAUAUCUGGUGAAAUAUGAACGAAUGGAGAUUCCGGUUGAAACGACCAAAAUUUUGUUAACUUGAACAGAAUUCAAAUAAUUUCUAAAUUUCUGGAACCGGAAUUUUUGAUUCGUUCAUAUUUGAUUAAUCCAAUCAAAUGUCUAAUGACAUUAGUUGGAUAUGGCUAGACAUUUGGUUAGUCCAACCAAUUUUCUUUGUGUAUAUACACAUAUAUAUAUACAUACAUACAUAUGUAUAUAUAUACAUACAUAAAUAUGUACAUAUAUACAUACAUACAUAUGUAUAUAUAUACAUACAUAAAUAUGUACAUAUAUACAUACAUACAUAUGUAUAUAUAUAUAUAUAUACAGACAAAAUCUUCACGGAGAGGUCAAUAACUUCUUCGGAAGUAUUUAAUUGCGUGUACAAACGGUAGUGAUUAAAAAGAAGCUUUUAUCAGUGCUCGAGACCUAUAACUAGUGCGAGUGUCGGGCACUCUGGGAAAAGUACAAGGAGGACAAUGAACGAACAGAGAGUCAAUUAAUGAAACGCGCCGAAUCCCGAUGAGAGCUGGCGAGAAUGAAGCGCGGCCUCUUUGUUGCGUUUUGUUUGUUGUUAUUUUAUUUUAAUCGCGUCACGUGGCAUCCGGCGAGACGUCCCGUUUACCUCAGCGCGUACGACUAAUCUUACAUAAUGUAAAUAAUGUUAAAUAGGAGAAUGCGAAUGGAUUAGAAUUUAUUUAUUUCAUGCUAUUGCAAAGGGACCAACCGACUUUCCACCGAUUUCUGUCUUAGGUAGAUCUUAGGUGUCCUGCCCACCAAUCGCCUCGAACUAACUAACCGCUCGCAACGAGAGCCGAAACAUUUCGAUCGCGAGAUACAAAAGUAUUCGAUCGGGACGCUGAAAUGAAGAAGAACGAGCUAUCGAAACGCGAUGGAAGAGGAGCAUUGUCGAUGCGCUUAGAUUGCGACGUUCAUAAAUUGUUGAUUACGAUUUGUUGUCUAGUAAAUGUGGACGUUGUUAAUGUUCUACUUUGUAAAAUUCCGUCUUCCACAUUUGACGUCACUCCCUCUUCUUCCUCGUCCACGUCCCGACACCCCAUUCUCGGUAUAUCCUUCGGUAUAACUCAGCGACUCGAGUGCCUUGUCAAAUGGGUCCAAAUUGGUCGAUUGGGCAGUGAUUUCAUGUGUUCAUAGGCUUAAGAGAAACAUAGGCGUUUAAGAUAUGACGAUACGAGAGAGAGCUCGCUUAGAACAUGGAGGAAUAUCGAUUAAUUCAUGUAAAAAGUGUUUUAAGAUUUAUUCGGUUAAAUUCUCAAGUUUCGCUAAGACUAGUUAGGUUAGGUUAAGUUGUUGUAUCUUAGUAGCUUUCUUUUGUUUAAUUUCACUUUUGUUUGGCGCAGGACGUCAUGUUCUAUUUUCUUUUCUAAAUAGGCAUUAUUUUACCUAAGGUGCCUUGAAAGGACCUCGACCUCUUUUUUGCUCCUUAAUUAUGCGAAACCACCUCGAUGAUGCUCGAACUUUUUAAGCGUAAAAAAGAUACGAGGGAAAUUCGAAUUGACUUAUCGACGGAAGGGUUUUAGGGAGGAACAGUUGUGAAUGCAAAAUAAGCGGGGAUACUAGUUAAGAUCGUAUGGAAUUUAGAGGAUGGAUACGCUCUAGAGCGAAGUGUAGUUUUGAUACGUUCACACCAAAGACAUUUUUAUAAAAAAGUAAGGAGAGAAUAAAGAGAAACCUUAUCAGCAAGAAUUCGUUUUUCGGCCAAUAAGAGCCGCGCUAAGGUUGUCGGUAAUAACUUCCUCGCGGGAGGAUUAAAAGGAACUUGUCAAGCGUGUGGUUUUAAUCGAGCAACCGACACACAAUUUUAAUUCUCCAACGAACACGUGACUUUUCGCACAGCCCCAUUCUCGUUUAUAAGUUUUAAACGGCAACUGUACUUCGAAUUGUACUUCGAAGAGAUAUUACAAUCUUAACGUAUACUUAACUAUUAUAUCGAUCGUAUCGGAGAGAAAUAAAUGUAGAGAGUCAAGUAAAAACAGAGUUCGACAGUGUACAUUAAUUAACUUAAAUCUGUCAUGCGAGCCUCGUGAAACAAUCGUAUAAGUAAAAAGGACGAAGAUGUAAAUUUUUUAAUGGUUCGCGCUUCUCUGUCUCGAUGGGCGACAUAUAUUCUAUAUGAAAAACAUACGAGUGUGUCGUAAAGGGAACCGAAUGCAAACACGACCAACCGAUGUUUUCUCUCUCUCUUUCUCUCUCUCUCUCUCUCUCUCUCUCUCUCUCUGACUCUAUCUCUUUCUCUCUCUUUCCAUCUAUCUCUAUCUCUCUUUCUUUCUUUCUCUCUCUCCCGCGUAACCGCUCGUCCUCGCGAUCGCGAUCACUCGGGGUGGAAGUAUAUUAUGUAUCGAUCGGUACGUCUUCUCUCUUCUUCACUUUACCCCGCCACGUCGUUCGCCGGAAUGUCGUGACGGGGAGGCGGACAAGAACGGAGCAGAAAGAGAGGUUGGAGGGGUGGUGUGCGCUCUCGCAAAGCCAGGCAAAAACGGCCAGCACAAAACAGUGAACGUAAUGUGAUACUAAAUGAUAAUAAAGCUAAAGUAAUUAUUGUUUAGCGUGCGACGCCGCGGGCGUUAACGGUACACGGACGCGACUCGUGGCUCUCGACUCGUGGGCCAGGGAAGAAGCUUGCGACCGCGAGCAGAGAAAAGAAAAGAAGGAAACGAUGUAGGAAGCCGACGAAGGAUGAUUUUGCGAGUCGCCUAAGUAAUUUAAGCGAUACCAGCUUUACCACCAUCCAUUCUUUUUUCCUCUUCACCCACCCUUGUCACACGCUCCCGACUCCGGUCGUCUCUCCUCUUCUCUCGAGCCGUAAGCGCACUAGGAUUACGCACAUUACAGAUUAAUCUAUUGUUAAUUAAUUACGUUUAGCACACGCACGAACACCCGGGUGUCCCUCUCGGCCGAGGGAAAAGAACAAAGAUCUCGAAUUUCGCUUUCGAUCGACCGAGCGGAUCGCGAAGGUGAAAGAAGACGAUACUUCCCUUGGUACGAUUAUUCGGUGUCGCUGCGUUCUCGGGGAGAUACACGAAUCUUUUAUACAUAUUGGACGUGAUCGAACAUUAGUUGAAUGAUCAUUUGCAUCGAGGGGUCUUUUACGAACGUAAGAACAAUAAUGAUGAUCGGAGUGAUUUUGUAGAAACAACGAAGGCGUUGACUCUCUCUUUCUUUUUCUACCGCUACCUCUCGUUGCUCUUCUGUGAAGAUAGCGUCUUCUUUUUCUCACCUAGACAUCCGGGUGGAAACUUUGUAGAUAUUAAGCAUCUCUUCCAAGCGGGGCGUGAGCUCCGCGCGCUUUCUUAGUGUUCAUAGGUUUACGAGAAGUAAAUUAAUUCAGUUGGAAACUGUGUACGAAGAGAUAAACGGAAGCGAGCGUAAUCGAA